AUGUGCCUUUCCCGUUUUCGCGGUCCGUCCUGACGCAGUUGCCCUGUCUGUACACCCCAGUAACCCGGAUUGCGUUCCCACUUGGCCUCACACAGCCCAAGACUCGGGGAUUGGAGGGAAAUAGAGCUGUUUUCUUCUGGGCCCGCAGAACUAAGGGUUGCAGAGGUUGGCAUCUCUCAGAAACAGGAGCUGACCCGUACAGCGUUAAACUACAAAGAUGUCCCUGUAUGACGACCUGGGAGUGGAAACCAGCGACUCAAAAACGGAAGGCUGGUCCAAGAACUUUAAGCUUCUGCAGUCUCAGCUUCAGGUGAAGAAGGCAGCUCUCACUCAGGCGAAGAGCCAAAGGACAAAACAAAGUACUGUCCUUGCUCCAGUUAUUGACUUAAAGCGAGGUGGCUCUGCAGACGACCGGCAGAUUGUGGACACACCACCACAUGUCGCAGCUGGCCUGAAGGACCCUGUUCCCAGUGGGUUUUCUGCAGGAGAAGUUCUGAUUCCUUUAGCUGACGAGUACGAUCCUAUGUUUCCUAAUGACUACGAGAAAGUGGUGAAACGCCAAAGAGAAGAGCGACAGAGACAGCGGGAGCUGGAGAGGCAGAAGGAGAUAGAAGAGAGGGAAAAGAGGCGUAAAGACAGACAUGAAGCUAGUGGGUUUUCAAGGCGACCAGAUCCGGAUUCUGAUGAAGAUGAAGAUUAUGAGCGGGAGAGGAGAAAAAGAAGUAUGGGGGGAGCUGCUAUUGCACCACCUACUUCUCUUGUAGAAAAAGACAAAGAGUUACCCCGAGAUUUUCCUUAUGAAGAGGAUUCGAGACCUCGAUCACAGUCUUCCAAAGCUGCUAUUCCUCCUCCAGUGUAUGAGGAACAAGAUAGGCCAAGAUCUCCAACCGGACCCAGCAACUCCUUCCUUGCUAACAUGGGUGGCACAGUAGCACAUAAGAUCAUGCAGAAGUACGGCUUCCGGGAAGGCCAGGGUCUGGGGAAGCAUGAGCAGGGGCUGAGCACCGCACUAUCCGUGGAGAAGACCAGCAAACGAGGGGGCAAGAUCAUUGUAGGUGAUGCCACAGAGAAGGGUGAAUCUCAAGAUGCAUCAAAGAAGUCGGAUUCAAAUCCAUUAACUGAAAUACUUAAAUGUCCUACUAAAGUGGUCCUGCUGAGGAACAUGGUUGGUGCAGGAGAAGUUGAUGAAGACUUGGAAAUUGAAACCAAGGAAGAAUGUGAAAAAUACGGCAAAGUUGGCAAAUGUGUGAUAUUUGAAAUUCCUGGUGCCCCUGAUGAUGAAGCAGUACGAAUAUUUUUAGAAUUUGAGAGAGUUGAAUCAGCAAUUAAAGCUGUUGUUGAUCUGAAUGGGAGGUAUUUUGGUGGCCGGGUGGUAAAAGCAUGUUUCUACAAUUUGGAUAAAUUCAGGGUUUUGGAUUUGGCAGAGCAAGUUUGAUUUUAAGAACUAGAGUCAUCUCAGACACCCUUAAACGAGCUGCGGACUGAGCAAACACAAUGAUCCUUAAAAGAUCUGUGAUCUGAGCAGAGAUGGACAAAGCUGGUGAAUACUGGGACUGCUGGAGGGACUUCUGAUAAAUAUGUUGACUGAUCCUUUUUUUAUUUUAUG